CGGUUUGGAGCACCGCUACGAAAAUGCAUGGGUUUUAUUAUUCCUCAUGUUUUUCCGCACUAGGCAGGACGACGUUACCAGAACCGUCGAGGAACUAUCGAGAGAAACUCCAUAAGGAAUGCCUGUUCAUUCAUCCACAGGCACUGCAGAGGGUUUGUGUUUGGUCUUGAGGUUCUGAGAGGAUUUUGAGGGGUUCUACUACACAGGACGCUAUUUGGCCAUUAAAGGACCUGUUCCACAAUCACUCCCACUGCUUCAGACAGAACUGAAAGCUGUCCAGUUCCAGGUCUCGUGCUUCUAGUGUCGACUUUCCAACCUGUUUAAAAUUUAGCUACAGAAAUGAACUCAACCAGAGCAUUUCACAAAGAGUUUAAGCUAGAAGAAGGAACGAACAUGGCAUCGACAAAAAUCUCCAGUACUCAGCAAACAUCUUCACCUACCCCUCCCAAACAAAUGCAGAAAAGUACAGGCAAGAAGAAAACUCACCACUGCUCAGACUGUGGGAAGAGUUUUAGCCAUAAGAGAGAUCUUCAACUACACCAGCGCAUUCACACUGGAGAGAAACCGUAUCACUGCUCAGACUGUGGGAAGAGUUUUACUCAACAGAGUACUCUACAACGACACCAGCGCAUUCACACUGGAGAGAAACCGUAUAACUGCUCACACUGUGAGAAGAGUUUUAGCAGUAAGAGAGAUUUUCAACUACACCAGCGCAUUCACACUGGAGAGAAACCAUAUAACUGCUCACACUGUGAAAAGAGUUUUAGCAGUAAGAGAGAUUUUCAACUACACCAACGCAUUCACACUGGAGAGAAACCGUAUUAUUGCUCAGACUGUGGGAAUAGUUUUAGUCGUCAGAGUACUCUCCAACUACACCAACGCAUUCACACUGGAGAGAAACCGUAUCACUGCUCCGACUGUAGAAAGAGUUUUAGCCGUCAGAGUACUCUCCAACGACAUCAGAGCAUUCACACUGGAGAGAAACCAUAUCACUGCUCAGACUGUGGAAAGAGUUUUAGCCGCCAGAGUACUCUCCAACGACAUCAGCGCAUUCACACUGGAGAGAAACCAUAUCACUGCUCAGACUGUGGGAAGAGUUUUAUUUACCAGAGUUCUCUCCAACUACACCAGCGCAUUCACACCAGCGCAUUCACUGCUAUAGCAAUAUACCAUACAGCGGUGUAAAAAGUGUUUUCCCUUCCUGAUUUUUUUGCAUGUUUGUCACACUUAAAUGUUUCGGGACAUCAAACCAAUUUAAAUACUAGUCAGACAACACAGGUAAACACCAAAUGCUAUUUUUAAAUGAAGGUGUCUAUUAUUAAGGGAGAAAAAAAAAUCCAAACCUACAUGGCCCUGUGUGAAAAAGUGAUUACCCCUAAACCUAAUAGCUGGUCAGGCCACCCUAAGCAGCAAAAACUGUAACCAAGCGUUUGUGAUAACCUGCAGUGAGUCUUUUAUAGCGCUGUGGAGGAAUUCUGUCUCCACUCAUCUUUACAGAAUUGUUGUAAUUCAGCAGCAUUGGAAGCUUUUCCAGCAUGAAUGGCCUUUUUAAGGUUAUGCCACAGCAUCUUAAUCGGAUUCAGGUCAGGACUUUGACUAGGCCACUCCAAAGUAUUUGGUUUUCUUAAGCCAUUCAGAGGUUGACUUGCUGGUGUGUUGUGGAUCAUUGUCCUGCUGCAGAACCCAAGUUCUGUUUCAGCUUGAGGUCAGGAACAGAUGGUCGGACAUUCUCUAUCUUUUGGUACUCGCUGGUAUAAUGUACUUUUUAUCACAGUCGCAGAUGCUGAGACUUCAGACUUGACUCGGACUUGUGCCCAAAAGACUUCUGAUUUGGGCGCGUGCUUUGAGACGUGAACAAUCAUUGUUUUCUAUUUUUGGCUUAUGAAUACCGAGGAAAGUUUGAAAUGUGGGACUAGCUUCCAUGGAGCGAUUUUAUGUGGUACGCAGCUCUCUGUUGUGUAUUUACUUUUUAAUUAUUCCACUAGAACAGUCACGCUGCAGCUGCUCCUUCUGUUCCCUGUUUAGUCUUCUAGACACAGUUUAUUUACUUUGGGAUAUUUGCGUUUUUUUUGUAAUGCUACUUUAUUGUUUUUGUACUGCUUUUGUACUGUCUUGAAUAUUUCGAUUUUUUAUUUUGUAAUUCAUUAGAUUAUAUUUCUUUCUUAAUUUAGUUGGUUAUUUACAAAUUUCAUAUCUAUUUUUCUGUUAUUAUUAAAUAAUAUAAUCUUAUUAGCUUCUAGCUGGUUGCUAGAUCCUUUGUCAUUUAACAUCCAGAACUUCUCACUGAUCUUUUUAAUGAAUGUUGGUUUACUCAUUUAAAAUCUGUACCUAAGUAUUUUAAGCCUUUGAAUGAUUUGUCCUGUAGGAAAAUGCAGGCGAUUUAUACGCUGGAACUUUAGUCUGACUGACAAGCUGCAAGACUGUAAGUCAAAUGCAGCCUGUAGGCCAGGGAUGAGCCAUUAAUUUUCCCAAGGGGCCACAUAUGAAAUUGGAACGGUUUUAGAGGGUCAGACUAAGGUUGCGUGCAGUUCUUAUUCAGUUGUUCACUAACGUGUGUUUCAGAACUUUCGAAUCGGACAGUUCUUUGCACCUGACACUGGCUGACACUACACCCUCUUACUAGGUCUGCCUAACAACAGAGCGAUCUAUAUUGUGAUUGGCUCAACGAGAGUACAUUAAAAUAUGCAGCCGAUUGAUUGGCAAGCGUGAAUGUGUGAAUUGGUGUGGCGUGUGUACUCGCUGAGGUGCGUGUGUCACACGCUCAAAGCGUGAGACUUGAGAACACUGCAGGUUCCUCCUGCAUCAGGAGGAACUCAGGGCCCACUGCACCAGCAUACAGUGUCACAAGGGGUCCGAGGAUCUCAUCCCGGGACCUAAAUGCAGUCGGGGUACCUCUGGCGAGCACAUGGAUGUCUGUGUGGCCCUCUAAAGAAAUGCCACCCCACACCAUCGCUGACCCAUUGCCAAAUCAGUCAUGCUGGCCCACGAUGCAGCAGCAGAUCGUUCUCCACAGCGUCUCCGGCCUCUUUUCUAGCUACUUUCAUCUGUGAAGAGCACAGGCUGCCAGUGGUGAAUCUGCCAAUCCUGCUGUAAAAAAAAUAAAAUAAAAUGCCUCGGACCCUAACAGACUUUAGAAUUGUCACUAGGUAUUUAAUGGAUUCACUAAAAAGAAAUAUUUUCUGAAAAUGUACGUGAUCCAACUUUACUUUGGUCUUUUCUUAUGUUAAUGCAUGAGACAAAACUAUAGAAAUGAAACUUGGAUAUAACGUAGAAUAGUAGUGUAGACUUUAUAGAUUUGUUACCUUAAAAUGACUCAAAUUUAUGUCUUUUAGUGGUGGCACUCUAGAUACCUAAAGCCCCUCCACCUUCCACUUGUGGAUGCUCCACAGGUGAUCAAUUGGUUUAAAUCAGGAGACAUACUUGGGCAGUCCAUCACAUUUAUAUUUAUCUCCCUCAGCAAGGCAGUUGGAGGUGUUUGGGGUUGUUGUCAUGCGGCCCAUUUUCUAAAGGGAGGGGAUCAUGCUCUGCUAAUGUCACAGUACAUGUUGGGAUUGUUUGAAUGCAGUGUGCAGUUUAUGGUCUGAGCACUGACAAGCUAAUCAACCAUCUUUUCAACCUCUGCAGCAAUGCUGGCAGCACACAUGUGCCCUGUCCUGGAAAACGGAGCUAUUACCUUGGUCACCAUGCUGGAGCUCAGUUUCAGUUUCUCACAUCCUCAAGAAGUUCGUUGCCAUGAGGUGCCAUGUUGAAUGUGUAUUAUAUGUUCCAGUGACCAGUAUGAGAGUAUUGUAUCUUAAACUCCAAACCUGAAACCUUGUAACUCCAUUGAGUAACAAUUGAGCACAAUUUGGACUUGUUUACCGUGAGACGUAAUCACUUGUGUUGCAGCUAUUUAGACAUUAUUGGCUGUGUGUGGAGUUUUUUUUCAGUGGACAGUAAAUGAAUACUGCUCUACAACUAUACACUACUCUAAGUUAUAUUCAAGUUUCAUUUUUAUAGUGUUUGUCCAUGAAAAUGUAUAAUAUUUCCAAAUCUAACAUUUCCAAGUCUAACAUAUAUAUCGUUGUUGUGAAUUCAAUUGAAUUUAGGUUUUAAAGGAUUUGCAAAUCAUCAUGUUCUGUUUUUUUUUUUUCUCACACAAUGUGCCCAUUAGAAUUGGGGUUGUACUAACAUGUACAUUCUUUUGCCCUCUUUUUAUUUUAGCCACUUUGUUUAACAUAUAAAAUCUGUAUUUUUUUUAUUUUUUUUUUAAUGGUUAGUUUUGGCCCAGUAACGUGCAACCUGUUUACCUCCACUACAUUAUUACUGUCAAAGUUUUUGAAUCAAGAAUUUAAAAAUGUAUUCUGUGUUGUUUUCACUUGGAACAGAAAGAAUCAUUUCCUGUCAUUUGUAAUCUGUAACUAAUUUCUGUGAAUUAAAGUAAUGAGUAAAUAAGAGUUAAAAAGAACCUUAUUAAGUGAA